ACACAUACACAUACACACAUAUAUUUAUGCAAACUAUUACCAAGAGAGUUUGCAAAGCAAAGAACAAUUUCUUAUUAAGAAGAAAUGGAUGAUGAGCAAGAUAGAUUGUUGCCUAUUGCCAAUGUGGGUCGGAUGAUGAAGAAAAUCCUGCCACCAACUGCCAAGAUUUCCAAAGAAGCAAAACAAACCAUGCAAGAAUGCGCGACAGAAUUCAUAAGUUUUGUAACUGGUGAGGCAUCUGAUAAGUGUCAGAAAGAGAACCGCAAGACAGUGAACGGAGAUGACAUCUGUUGGGCUCUCAUUUCUCUAGGGUUUGAUGACCAUGCAGAGGCUAUGGUAAGGUACUUGCAUAAAUAUAGAGAGGCUGAAAGGGAGAGAUCCACCAACCAACAUAAAGCUUCAGGCACUGACCAAGGUGAAGAACCCAACCAUGAAAGUAAGCAGCCAAAGCAACCAAUUGAAGCUCCUAGUAACGGAGUAGAAUUUAGGGUUCUUGAUAAGGGCAACAGCAGCUCUUUCACAAAUCCUUCCUGAGAAAUAAUGUCCACUCUUUAUGAUAAGUAAUGAAGAAGAAGAUCGAGAAGACGAAGAACAUGAAGACCGUGAUGUACAAAGAAGACAAAUUUUGGAGAUUUACCUGCUUGAUAAAGAUUUAGAUCUCUUGACAAGGUUUGAUAUUUGAAGUUUUUGACUUGAAAAAGCUUUGACAAAUCUGUAUAAUCUGAGGUAAUAUUUAAUAUAUAUUUCUCCUGAGCUGACGGUUUCUUCGUCUUAUCUCUUAACUUCUCCUUUACA